AGGCGGCGGCGGCGCGGGGGUCCCGCCAGUGCUGGCACCAUGAGGCCGCUCGCGAUGAAAAUCAGCGGCCGCGCCCCACCGCCCGCAGGUGACAUGCAAGGAAAAACAGACAAAACAAGGCCCUCUCUGAGAACUCUGAAGAAAGACGCAGCCAAGCCAGAGCAAUCCAAGUACAAGCCACUUUACGGGAAGGUGUUUUACCUCGAUGUGCCGUCCAGCGUGAUUUCUGAAAAAUUAGAGAAGGAUCUUAAGGAACUAGGAGGGAGAGUGGAGGGAUUUCUCAGCAAGGAUAUCAGCUAUCUCAUUUCUAAUAAAAAGGAAGCCAAAUUUGCUCAGAGCCUUGGACAGAUUUCCCCAGUUCCUAGCCCAGAAUCUGCCCACUAUGGAGGAAACAGUUCACUUCAUCCUAGCAGCAGAAGAGAUCGAGAUGAUAGAAGUUCAUUUAAAAUGGCGGAUACAGUACGUGUGAGUAGAGGAAAAUCCUUAGUUGAAAAAGCAAUCAAAGAGCAGGAAUUAAUCCCCUCAGGUAGCAUACUGUCCAAUGCAUUGAGUUGGGGAGUGAAGAUACUUCAUGUUGAUGAUAUUAAAAAUUAUAUUGAACAAAAGAAAAAGGAGUUCUGUCUGAUCAAGAAAGAAGGCACUUCAGGCAAAGAUGUGGGAAAACGAUGCGCUAAUCAGAAAUCAAAAACAGGGAGACUGAAAAAUCCAUUUGUGAAGGUAGAAGACAGAAGCUGCCACUACAGACCAUUUUAUCUGCAGUUAUCCAGCUUUCCAGUUCUCAACUAUUCUGCUCCAAAGCCUUAUAGUCCAUUUGAGGCAGAUAAGAAGACUAAUGCCAGCCAAAAGCAAAUUCAGUCUAAACAAAGAAAUAAAACAAAUAGUGACAAAGACUGUGGUGGCAUUCCUGUGCAACUCCCUCUAAAGGACAAGAGAAAGAGAGGGUAUUGUGAAUGCUGUGUGAAGAAAUUCGAAGAUCUCCAAACUCACCUGGAAAGUGAACAGCACCAAAACUUUGCACAAAGUACCCAGUAUAAAGUUGUGGAUGAUAUCAUUUCCAAAUUUGUUUAUGACUUUGUGGAAUAUGGAAAUGAAACACAGAAAAGUAAAAGGACAAAAUGUAGUAUGGGAUGCUUUUCUCCUACUACCGGAAGUGUAACUAAUACAGGUGAACUAAAAGAUCAGCUGAAAAGGCAGAACAUUUCUUUGAAGCAUUACUCCUGGAAAGAUAAAAAAAUACAGGCACUAAAGCAAGAUUAUAAACAUAUAUCCUCAAGUUUUGUACAAAAACAUCCUUCUUGUUCUGAAUCAGUGUGUCAGAUUCUUGCAUGUCAUCUGUCUUGUGUUUCAGAAGUAGUAAGUAAAUUCAGAAAUGAUGAUGAAAAUGGUAAAGUGGAAGGUUCCUGUACUACAGCCUCAAAAAAGACUGAUUUAUCGCCAGAUUUAGUGCAGCUAUCUCCCCACAGAGACAAUGCAACAUAUGUAGAGAACUUACCUGAAGCUUAUGAACAUUGUAGUAAUAAAGCAUUUGAAACUGAAGUAAAUUUAGAUAGAAAGAAUUUACAAAGUGUACAGGCAGAUAUACCUACAUUAUGUACUCAUGCCCAAGGCACUGAUUUUAGUGAAAAAGACAAAAAUACAUCACAGUCAAAACGCAAAUUAAAUAACACUGUUAUUUUACCAGCAAAAUGUUUGAAGAAAACAAGUGCCACUUCAUCAUUUAACAAAAAAUAUAUUGAUUUUGUUGAUGAUCCCCUGCAGACAGAGCAUACUAUAGGUCUGAAGACCAAGCUACCACAUACUGUUACAGAUAAAGAACUUAAUGAACUAGCUGUUAAUUGUGCACAUAGCUCACCUUCUGGAAAGCUACAUAGAAAAGUAAAAUUUUCCUCAGGAAGACAUAAAAGAGGAAAUCGGAAACAGAAGCUGGAGUUGUGUGUAAAGCAAGCUGAAGAAUUGUCUGUUAAAGAAAUGAAAGACCACUGUUCGCCUGUGCAGACUCUUUGGGAAUUAUUUCAGACAAGUGAAGGGAAUUCAGAUUUUGUAGGUUUUAUUAGUUAUUCUGAGAACAAAGAUUCAACUGACAUGAAAGAGAUUUGCGAGGGACAAAAUACCAAUACACUGUGGUCGUUUUUUUCACCUUCCUCUUCAUCCUCAUCCACAUUUAUUGGAUUUUAAUGUUUCUUUAUUUAAAACAGCAGCUUCUGAAUAAACUCAAACUGAUAAGGAUUUAUUCAUGGAGUCUUUAAUGUAUUUUAAAUUAUGUACAGAUGUUCUUUGUGUUCAGUUUCUGGUAUACUGAGUGUGCAUGCAAAACCUUAUGCCUAUAAAUGUGAAGAAUAAAGGUAAUACAGAGAUUUUUUUUUCUUUAAAAAUUACCAGAGGUGGUAAAAAGGGUAUGACUUAGAGAUACUGUAUUUAUAUUAACUACUAAGCAAGAUCAAGAAACUUCAUAUAGUAACCUUUUUGUUAAUUUUGAAACCAUUGUUGGAUGUGAAUAAUUACUUCUGUAUUAUAAAUUGUUGAAAGUUG